AUGCCAACUUCCACGUUAGCUAAAGGUGCUACCUCGGAUUUAGGCGUUGGAAAUGUAUAUUCUAAAGAGAACUCAAAUGUAAACAGCGGAUCUAAAGGCAAUUUGUCACGUGAUAGUAUCAUUUCCGAGGUGUUGGACAAGGUAUUUGAGGCUGAUAGAGUGAUUCAAUUAACCAUAUUGGGGCUUAGUUCGCAUCUAGUGUAUGCGAAGUAUGGUUCGGAACCAUGGUUCUCGCAGCAAUUUUCUAUGGUCACGUCAGUAUUGAUGGCAUAUGUUGUUAAUUUAUGGAUGUCUGCGACCAGGACUAAUUUGGGAGUCAACACUCUUCCAACAUUCAAUACGAUAUAUUUAUUUUACAUGCAGUUGCUACUUUCUACACUAUUUGUGCCACAAUAUCUACUGCUGAAUACCGUUUUGGCCUUUUCCAUUAGUGAUAUAUCUGUCUUUUUCAAGAUCCCAUUGCAGAUAAUAUUUCUUCUGAUGGGAGACGACGGAUCUGCUAACAUUGCCAACGAUGUUAAGGCAUUGGUUUUGAAUUAUUUCUUCAUAUUUGGUCUUUAUAAGACUUCCAAAUUGAAAUCUUUAGACAAGACCGAGUGUCAUAUGUUCGCUCUUCUUUGCACUGAUAUUUUGGCCCUCGUUGAGUCUGACUCUAUUUAUUUCCAAGUUUUCCAAGUAUGCUUUACAAGUUUUAUCGUCUUGGUAACUGUCACUUCCGCAGUGUCGUACGGCCUGGAAAGUGUGGGUGCUACUCGGUGGAUCCGAACCUUACUCUUGUUGCCAAUGAUUGUUGUGGGAUUUUCGUAUUAUAUCCAAACGAAUCUCAUCAUUAACAAUGUCCCACCGUUCACAUGGCUUAUAGAUUACAUCGGUUCCUCUAUGAUCAGACUGAAAAUAAUGGGGAUCUGGUUAGGUUCUGCAUUAUUGUUGUUGCCCAGUGUGUUUGCGUUGAAAUCUAAUUGGUCUUUGAAUACGUCAAGAAAAGUUUGGCAUUUUGCAAUCUUACCCCUCUUGAUUCCGGCAAUCAUGAUGGAUUCAAAUUUUGUGAAAAUUGCGUUGGCUGGAACUGUAAACCUUUUUCUCAUUGUCGAGUACAUUCGUUUCCUACAUAUUUACCCAGUGGGACACUAUUUGGACAAACAUUUGAGAUCUUUCGCUGACUUCAGAGAUGAAAAGGGGCCAAUCAUUAUUUCCUACCUUUAUUUCAUUAUCGGUAUCUCUUUGCCCUUUUUGAUCAAUGGUUCCAUUAUCGGUAUCAUCUCGCUAGGCGUAGGUGAUUCAUUGGCUUCCAUUAUUGGUAAAAAAUUUGGAAGAAACAGAUGGCCAAAUACUUGUAAAACUUUCGAGGGCACUUUUGCAUUCAUUGCAGCUACUGGCAUAACUACAGUGAUUAUGAAAGUUUACUUUAACUUUUUCACCGAGGUGUCGUUCAUGAAUUUGGUUCUUGUAUGUUUCCUAGCUGGCAUCUUGGAAGGUAAUAGUACUUUGAAUGAUAACUUACUAAUUCCAACUUUCAUGUUGAUAUUGUUGGAAUCUAUGAAGGAAUAG